CGGCGUGGCGGCGCCGCCGCGUUCGCGCUCCGCCCCGCCUCGCUGUGGUGGAAGGCGCCAUUGACGGAAGCCGGAGCCGCCGUGCCGCCGCGGCCGCCGCCACCCCCGCGCCGGGAGCGGGGCCCCGCCGCCGCCGCCAUGGACUACGGGGAAGCUGAAGACAGAGAUUGGAGAUUCCCAGAUACCCCCAUGCAUUGUGGUGUGAACAUGCCCAGUGGGUCAGUCUCAGACAUGGACCGUGAUUAUGGACAUGGAGGCUAUGGUGGCCCACGAUCCAUGGACUCUUACCUUAACCAAUCCUAUGGGAUGGAGAGUCAUGGAGGUGGAGGCGGAGGAGGUGGUGGUGGUGGUAACAGGUUUGGACCUUAUGAGUCUUACGACUCCGGGUCUUCUCUGGGUGGGCGAGAUCUGUACAGAUCUGGCUAUGGUUAUAAUGAACCCGAACAAAGCCGCUUCGGAGGUAGUUAUGGUGGUCGAUUUGACAACUCCUACCGGAAUAGCCUUGACUCUUUCGGAGGUAGAAACCAGGGCGGGUCUAGCUGGGAAGCACCUUACUCCCGUUCAAAAUUGAGGCCUGGGUUUAUGGAGGACAGAGGAAGAGAGAGUUACUCUUCCUACAGCAGUUUUUCUUCACCCCAUAUGAAGCCUGCACCUGUAGGCUCUCGGGGGAGAGGAACGCCUGCUUAUCCUGAAAGUGGAUUUGGAAGCAGAAACUAUGAUGCUUUUGGAGGACCAUCAACAGGCAGAGGCCGAGGCCGAGGACAUAUGGGAGACUUUGGAGGAAUGCACAGACCUGGAAUUGUUGUUGACUAUCAUAACAAACCCAGUCCUGCAGCAGUUGCUGCAAGAGGAAUAAAGAGAAAAAUGAUACCACAGCCCUAUAACAAACCUGGUGGGACAUUUAUCAAGAAACCCAAACUGACAAAACCGAUUUUGAAGCUGACUCAGAAAAAAUCACCUAACAUGAAGACGUCUUUCCAGGAGUCUACUAUAGAGGAUAUUGAAGUGGACACAAGUGGUGCAGUUGUUAUAUAUGAAGACUUUACAAGAGAUGCUUAUGAUCUUGGGUAUCAGACCUUUGGAGAUGCCAAAGGAGACGUCAAAAGUGAAGAAGAAGAAAAGCGACGAAUUGAGGCCAGAAGAGAGAAGCAAAGGCGCAGAAGGGAGAAAAACAGUGAAAAAUAUGGUGAUGGAUACAGAAUGGCAUUUACUUGCUCAUUUUGCAAGUUUCGAACAUUUGAAGAAAAAGAAAUUGAAUCACAUCUGGAGAGUGCAGCUCACCAGGAAACAUUGGAUCAUAUCCAAAAACAAACCAAAUUUGACAAAGUGGUGAUGGAGUUUCUUCAUGAGUGUAUGGUGAAUAAAUUCAAGAAAACAGCUAUGCGUAAGCAGCAGACAAGUAACCAAACAGAAAAUGCUCAAGCUGUUGAAAAAGACAUAAUGGAAGGGGUUACUGCUGAUGACCAUAUGAUGAAAGUUGAGACUGUUCACUGCAGUGCUUGCAGCAUAUAUGUUCCUGCAUUACACAGUUCUGUUCAGCAGCACUUAAAAUCUCCUGAUCAUACAAAAGGAAAACAAGCCUACAGAGAGCAAAUAAAAAGGGAGAGUGUUCUUACUGCUACCAGUAUCUUGAAUAAUCCAAUAGUGAAGGCACGAUAUGAACUAUACGUCAAGGGUGAAAAUCCUUUUGAAAUUAGUGAUCAGGCUCAGGAGCAGCAGACAGAAGAAGAAGACAAAGCUGAUGAGCCAGUUGAGGGGGAGGAGGAGGAAGAGGAGGAAGAGGAAGAAGAAACUGAAGAACAAACUGACUUCACUUUAGACCACACUGAAGAUAACUAAGUGCAAGAAAAUGAAGACAAAAAUCGGGGGGGGGGGGGAGAAAGAGCUUUUUAUUUCUGUUCUAAAGUGGCGAAGACUUUUUAACAGUCUCAAAUGAGAGUUGUGUAAGAUUCCCCACCCUAUGCAUGCAUUCCAUUCUGUGGAGAACUUGUUUAUAUAAUUCCUAUGUGUUUCUGAUUUUGUUUAAAAUGAAAUUAAGAUUAUUUUAGUUGAGCUUUUUAUAGCAAACUGACUGUUAGAGCCUAUUGAAACAUCGUGUUGUAUAUUUUUUUAAGCAUCCUAUUUUUUUGGUGUGUGUAUUGAAAGUUGGAUAUAAUAAGAAUUUUUGGUCUAAUCACUUGAAAAAUGUUUGUGAGGUAAAUAUUUUAAAUGCUUUAUGGUAUAAGCUUAUAAUAUUUACCUCUUAGUACAGAAUGAGUAUACUUCAAAAAUUGUGCUGUGAGUGUGGCUGUUCUUGGGACUGCAUUGCACUCUGUGUAAUAGAGUAUGUGUUAUAAUAUGCCUUGUAGCUUUUUGUGAUAAGAUGUACCAGUUUGUAGCAAUAAAAUACUUAAGAAAUGUUA